GUUAUCGAUAUCACAUUCAAUCCGUUCGCAAGUCCAUCAGGUCGUGCACGCAUCAGACAGAGAGACAGCCAGUCGUGUGCAAACAGCAACCGAAAACAAGAAACCCGAAACAACCACAAUGGCAUUCAUCAAGUCUACAUUGGUCUUCGCCGUCGUCGCCGUCGCUACCAUCGGCCGAACCCAAGCUGGUGUCCAGAUCGCACCUGCCCCGUACGCCGCCUAUCCCGGAUUCCUGCCUUACUCUGCCGCCCCCGCCGCAUACCCGUACGCAGCGUACCCGUUCAAAGCGCCCUUGUUGCCGGCCGCUUCCAGAGCUGUUGCAGCCCCGUUGCAACAAGUGUAUCCGGCCGGAGCCGCUCGUUUCGCCGCCACGGGACCUCUGCCCGCUCUCGCACCUUUCCCGGCCGCCGCACCGAUAGUGCGUGCUGCACCCGUGGCCGCCGCUCCUCUGCCAGUGGCAGCAGCCGCUCCCGUGCCAGUGGCACCUGCAGCCCCUUUGCCCGUCGCAGCUAAGUUGGACUACACCGACUCCUACCCGCAGUACCAGUUCGCGUACACGGUCAGAGACUCGUUGACCGGUGACGCUAAAGACCAAGAAGAGGUGCGCGAUGGUGACGUAGUCAAGGGCAGGUACAGUCUGAUCGAAGCCGACGGCAGCCGUAGGACGGUCAACUAUUACGCCGAUGACGUCAAUGGAUUCAACGCGGUAGUCCAAAAGGACGUUCCAGUCGCCCCUGCCGUAGUGGUGUGAUCGUCCACUAUGGACUACGACGAUACAAGAUGAUUGAAGUACAACUAUAUACAUCCCAUACGGCGACGUACACUCGAACGCGUUACGAUGGUCCUUGGCGCAAUAGCCGAUGAAGCCACCGGACAACAUUUGUAUACGUGUGAUUUAUUUUUUAUUUUUACUUUUUGUGUGUUUUCUUUUUGUAAAUAACGUUUUCUUGCUGUUA